CCACUUCCACUGAGAGAGGACAGCAGGAGGGAGUACUGGGAGUACUGGUUCUACUGGGAUAACUGGGAAUACUUCCACUUUAACCAGGUACUGAAUCCACCAACUGAAGCAGACUUUAAAAGAACUCAGAACCAAAGAGAGAGGAACUUUCAGGGACGGGGAGUGGCUUCCUGUUUGUCUGCAGCGUCUCCAGCUUCACUCCAGACAAAAUGGCGUCCAAGUUAGAGGAGGAUCUGAGCUGUCCGGUCUGCCUGGACAUCUUUAAAGAUCCCAUCAUGCUGUCCUGCAGCCACAGCUUCUGUAGAGAGUGUGUGGAGAAGAGCUGGAAGGAGAAGGAGGACAAGGAGUGUCCCAUCUGUAAGAGGAGACAGUCGAAGGAAUUAAAUCCUAACUUUGCUUUAAAGAAUCUGUGUGAGACUUUUCUGCAGGAGAGAGAACAGAGAGCUUCAGAGGAUCUCUGCAGUCUGCAUCAGGAGAAGCUCAAACUCUUCUGUCUGGACCAUCAGGAGCUGGUGUGUCUCGUCUGCAGAGAUUCAGAAAAACACACUGAGCACCGAUUCAGACCCAUCGAUGAAGCUGCAGAAGAACACAAGAAGAACCUUGAGGAAACUCUGCAGCCCUUAAAGGAGAAGUUAGAGGCUCUUAAAGAUGUUAAAGUGGAGUUUGAUCUAACAGAAGCUCACAUGGAGGUCCAGGCCCGACACACAGAGAGGCAGAUUAAGGAGCAGUUUCAGAAGCUUCAUCAGUUUCUAGCAGAGGAAGAGGAGGCCAGGCUGCAUGCAGUGAAGGAGGAAGAGGAGCAGAAGAGACAGAGGAUGAAGGAGCAGAUGGAGGCUCUGAGAGUACAGAUAGCAGAUCUUUCACAGACAGUCAGAGCCACAGAGGACCAGCUGACGGCCCAAGACGUCUCCUUCCUGAGAAACUACAAGGCUGCAGUGGAGAGAGUCCAGCAGCGCCCCCUGCUGGAGGAGCCACAGCUGCCCUCAGGAGCUCUGAUAGACCAGGCCAAACACUUGGGCAACCUGGGCUUCAAGAUCUGGACCAAGAUGAAGGACAUGGUCUCUUACACGCCCGUCAUUCUAGACCCAAACACGGCUGGAUUAAAGCUCAUCCUGUCUGAUGAUCUGACCUCUGUGAGAGGAGGAGGAGAGAGUCAGCAGCUUCCUGAUAAUCCAGAAAGGGUUUGUUACUACUACUCUGUCCUGGGCUCUGAGGGCUUUAACUCAGGGACUCACAACUGGGACGUCCAGGUCAGUGACAGUACAAACUGGAUCCUGGGAGUGUUACCAGAGUCUGCUGAGAGGACAGGAGGCAUAUGGUAUAGAAUCUGGGUAGUAGAGUUCUAUGGUGGUGAAUACAGCACACAGUCACCAUCACAUGGAUCCACUGUUCUCUCAGUUCAGACAGAACCAAAGAGGAUCCGAGUGAAUCUGGACUGUAACAGAGGAGAGCUGUCGUUCUGUGAUCCUGAUACUAACACACUCAUACACUCCUUCACACACACUUUCACUGACAGGAUGCUUCCAAUCUUUUAUUAUUGGUCUGACUCCCCACUGCAGAUUCUCCCAGAGAAGAUCUCUGUGAGCGUGGAACCAAACUAAACCAACAUCAUGUUUUCAAAGACAGAGGACUCUGUAAUCCUGGACUUUAACUGUCAUUGAUCCUCAUUGUUCAGACUGAUCUCUAUGUGAUUAUUGAAAGCCACAUCUUAUUGAUAAUCUAUUGGAA